AUGUCAUUUGUUUCUGUUUUCUGUUUUUUUUUUGUGGGGGGGGGGUUCUCGACAUCUUUCUCUGAUUGGGCUGCCAAUCGAUCACGAUAUAAAAAUGAGAAUUGGAAUAUCAUAGUACUUAAGAACUAUCUAAUUAAGACUGAAUCUAUCUAUCUAUCUAUCUAUCUAUUUAUUUAUCUAUCUAUCUAUCUGUCUGCUCUUCGUUCUCACCCCAUCCCUUAUAUUUCUCUCACUUACUCUCAUUUUGUUAUCUUUCUCUCUCACACUCUUUCUCUUUUUGUUACCUUUCGCUCCUCCAAUUUCUCACUUUCUCUAUCUCUCCCUACACUCCCUCUUUAUGCUAUAUAUCUCUCUUCACACGCUCUCUAUGCGUUAUCUGUAUCUCCCCCUCUUCUUUUGUUAACUUUCUCUCCAUACUCUCUUUGUAUCAUCUUUCUCACCUCAAUCUCUGUUUUACUGCUAUUUUUCUCUCUACACAUGUUGUGCUAUCUUUCCCUCCCACUUCUCCUAUUCUCUCUCUUUAUGCUAUCUUGCUCCUCUCCUCCCAGUUUUUGCUAUCUCUCUCUUUCUCUCUCUAUACAUAUACACUCUCUAUUUUGCUUUCCCUCACCACACAGUUUCUCUUUUCUUUUCCCUCCCAACGAUUUAUCUUUCAGUGCUACCCUUUCCGCUUUCUCUUCCAAUAAACACACACUAUCUAUCUAUCUAUCUAUCUAUCUAUCUAUCUAUCUAUCUAUCUAUCUAUCUAUCUAUCUCCCUCUCUGUGAUAUAUUGUACUCUCCAUACUCACUUUGUGCUAACUUCCCUCUUUAUUUAUCUUUAUCGCUUUUCUAUAUGUCUAUUCUCUCUCGCCCUCUUUCUCCAUUCUUUCUUAUUAUGACGUCACAAUUUAUGUGUCUUCUCUCUCAUUAUGUUUCCUCUCUCUUUAUGCGGCCUUUUCUUAAUUUACUCUUUCUGUCCCCUCUUUUUAUUAUGCCCGCUCACUUAAUGUAA